AUGUCCCAGCUCUUCUACUGUUCGUUCAUUCCCAUAAUCUCCACGAUCUCCGUGACCCAGCCAACCCUUGGGAUGGAGGACUAUCCCCAUCACUGGAACGAAACCCUCCUGGGUCAAGACUUCUGGAAAGAUGCAGAGGAGUACAACAAACCCAUCAACGACCGCAUCGAAGCAAGUAAGUUCCUCGACCGCACAACCGCCACCACCUCGAAUGAAAACAUUGCCGCCAAACCGCACCGCCGCCGGUCUAGCAUGAGCGAUGUUUUUGGCCUGAACAUGUUCUCUGCUCUGCGUGGUCGCACCCUCGACUCCUCCAGACCACGUCGCUCGCGGUCUCGGUCCUCGACGACACCGAAUCGACCUCUCAUGAGUUUCCGUGGCGGCAUCGGCUGGUGCUACAUCCCGAAAAACCGUCAGGAACUUGGAUUAGAUGUCUUCCAGUCGAUGACGGAGCAAUCUAGCCGUGACACAGACAUCCUACCCAUAGAAGAACUAGCUCCAUUGUGCGAGUUCCGUAACCUGCGCGUCCUCAAGCUCACCGGCAUGAUACAGUCGUAUCAGAAGUAUAUCUGGCAGGCGGCGUGGUUGAAUCCCAGACUGGAGGAACUGGAACUGGAGAUGGUGCUGCCACCACGUAUUCGACGUGGAUACAAUGAGGAAUGGCCGUAUAUUAAGGGCGGAUGGAGGUUGAGCAAGAGGAAUUACGGGGAGCCGGUCUACUACGGCCAAUAUGGCGACGGAAACCUCUCCCCUAAGAUCGGUGUCGGCGAGUAUUUGGACAAACUGGCCAUCGAAAAGGCCAAGGUUCGUGCAAUGGCGCUGGGAGGUCGUACGCGGAAUCGACUCUCCAUUCGCACCCUGACCCUGACUGGAUUCGUCGUCGAUGCAGACGCGUUCUUGCAUUGGUUCGAUCCGGCACGGCUCCGAUGCAUUCAUUUCAGGAAUGACUGUGUUGAUGCGGGCUUCUACCUCUCUUUACCCAUGAAGAAGGUGUCCAUCUUGUUCCCGCGGGAGAUUGAGGAGAAGUUCGUUGCGGGACGACGGGUUGAUCUGGUCUCUGAGCUGAAGGUAGUACGACUGCUAAACGGUAAGAAGGUUGAGGAGAUUCCCUACCGCCAGGGACUCACCGGGAUUUGCCAGGGGAGGAAAGCUAUGAUUCUAUGA